AUGGAACGUCGACGUGUCAAGCGCAGGCCACUGGCCACCGUGCUCUUACUAGCUCUCCUCGACUCCGCUACAGCUAUCCCAUAUACUCCAUCCUCGCUAUUUCUAUCUUCGAAACAUAAUGACUCGCUUGCCUACCUCUUACGCCCCAGCUCAGAUACGGGCAAGACGCAGUUCCUCUCUCUGAACAUCUCCGAUGUCAAUACGAGCAGUCCGUCCCUCAACACCUUGCUCGAGCAAACGCCUUUCCAUAGCACGGAACAAAAUUCGACCUUUAUCCCAGCUAUUGACGACCGAGGAAUCCUUACCGUCUAUACUGGAGACUGUCAUAGCGCAGGUCAAAGAUCAUUAUGGCGAUUCAAACCCGACAACAGCAGCUCCAUUGGCAAUGGAACCUGGGAUCAGUUGUCUAUCAGCCCGGACGACAAGAAAACACAGCCGAACUACCUAGCCGCCGGAUUCGCAUUCGCGACGAGCAACAACAGCGACACUUCGAUAUACUCAUUUGGUGGGAUGUGUCCAUUCUCGAACAGUACAGAUGAGACCUGGGUAUCGGCUGCAAAUUACUCCCAAACAAUGGCCACUUUAGCGCCAAAGUCCAAAGGAAGCAAGGAAUAUGAAGCUGCCAUUACUGGAGAUCGCGCUCCUCCCGUACCCGAAGCGGGCAUGGCGGUUGUUCCGCUGGCGCCUCCAUUUUCCCCGACGGACGUCCAGCGAGACUUUCUGUUUAUUGGUGGACAUACUCAACAAGCUUUCCUCAACAUGUCGCAAUUGGCCAUCUUCUCUGUCCCCCAAGAAAGCUGGAGCUUUGUUGACGUGAAUACGGAAAGUAAGUUACGGACCGAGCUCGCGAUUCGUGAUGCGUAUACCGUCGAGCCACGGUCUGGUCACGCCGCAGUUCUAUCUGAAGAUGGGAAGAAGGUCUACGUGAUUGGAGGUUGGGUUGGAGAUACCUCUACACCGGCCGAGCCGCAAUUCGCCGUUCUCGAGCUUGGAGCAGGUUAUGGCGGCUCCGACACAUGGACUUGGACAAUUCCGUCUUCAACUACUACUUCCGAAGAACUGGGUAUUGCUGACGGGGCCGGAAUCUUUGGGCACUCUGCGGCCUUACUCCCUGGAGAUGUCUUGAUGAUCGCUGGAGGAUACAGUAUCCCAAAACAAUCCUCCAAACGUGCCACCUCAUCGCAGCACAACUCUCAAAUCUACCUUUACAACGUUACCUCGAGCAGCUGGGUGAAAUCCUACUCAAACCCCUCCACAUCUCAAUCAACUUCAUCAGCUAGCUCGAAGUCUCACAGUGGCGGCCUCUCCUCCGGCCAGAAAGCUGGGCUAGGCGUCGGCUUGGGAAUAGGUAUUCCCAUCAUUCUCCUGAUCGUAUUUUGUGCUUGGAAAUAUGAUCGCAAACGCCGAGUACGAGGACAUCGGGACUCACAACUCCGAGAACUUGCCCUGGGAGCUGAACGAGCCCAUUUCUGGGGCCGCGAUGAUCCCAACCAAGCGAGCAGUAUGCGCAGUUCCCAAAUGAGCGAGAGGCACGACAGCGGUGUCGCAUACUCGUGGUCAGGAAAUGAAAGCCUCAGGUCAAAGCCGUCAUGGAAGCCGCGAGACCAAAGUAACGCUACUGCAGAGCAGACUGGUCUGCUCAUGGAUUCCAGUCCUACCAGGAACACUCGCCCGGUCGGCCAGCCGCGCUCUUACAGCAACAACAGAAUGUCUGGAUGGGAACGUCGUCGAAGCGAAGCCGCCAGUGAUAUCCAUCCCAUAGACGAACGAGAAGAAGAUGAAGCCAUUUUCAGAGAACGGUUGAUGUCAACGAUUCCCGCUCAGGAAAGGCCAAAGAUACAUGACCCCGAUGACCCGUUCUCUGAUACACCCUUCGCUACUCCGCGAAGCACAAUCUUCGGCGUCGGGUUGGGUCCAUUCUAUACUCGACGCAAGGACGGCGGGUCCGUCGACGAUGCAUCAAAGAGUGACAGGACCUCGACGAAUCUAUCAGACUCAUCAAACUUCUCCUUCUCAUCAGCCAACCCCACCGGCCAGGUAAACCAGGCAAAAGGAGUCGUCGUGGACCGCCCUUUAAGCUGGGCAAGCAGUGGCGGACACUCCAUUACAGCAACCUCAACGCACAGCAGAGAAACGACAAACAGCGACGUCGACCCAAUGACCGCACCGUCUGAAAAGUCCUACUCGGCAGACUCCUACUCAACAGCCCAAAGCACAUUCUCCCACCGUCAAGCAGAGAACGAAUCCCUCCUCAACGAAACAAUCGACACCCCCAUCACCCCCGUCGAAUCGUCACCCUCCAAACUUGCCCCAGCAUUCAAACCUCGCACUUCAGACUGGAUGCUGCAAACCGUCCGUCGAGCACUGACAAUAACCCGCCGCGGAACAACCAGCCUGGAAGAAGACGAAUCUGCACCCCUGGCCUCUGGCGUCGAUCGCCGAAGCACCGUCAUCGUUUCAAAUCUCCAGUCCGGCGGCGCAAGUGGAACAAGUACCCCCCGUCGCGCCGUUAGUGCCUCAGCAGAACUCUUCCGCCGCAAGCAGGGCGCUAGAGACUGGAAUGCGAAGAAACGGAUGUCAGAUGGACACUUUGCUGGACCGCGCUCAACUCGUGAUGAUCUCUACAUCGGUGCACCGGGUUAUCUCGGUAACGACGAUACCUGUGACGAGGACUGGGACCUUGAAGAUGCGGUCGACGACCGUAAUGUUCAGAUGACAUAUACCGUUCCACGGGAGAAGCUUCGAGUCGUGAAUGGCAAUGCUAGCGAUAACAUCUCCGAGCGCUCUGUUAGUCGCGGUGCUAGUGCGGGCACGCGGAUUGUUAGUCGGUAG